AGGCCCAGCAGGAGAAUGACAUGGCAGGGGGCUUGCCAAAUCUACUCUUCUUCUGAUUCCCCUGUUGGGAGUGCACUACAUCAUGUCGCCUUCUUUCCCAACAACUUUACAGCUGAGGUGAAAAUGGUCUUUGAGCUCGUCAUGGGGUCUUUCCAGGGUUUUGUGGUGGCCAUCACGUACUGCUUCCUCAAUGGCGAGGUGCAGGCGGAGUUGCGGUGGAAGUGGCGGCGCUGGCACCUGCAGGGCUUCUUGGGCUCGGACCCCAAAUACCAGCACCCUUCUGGAGGCAGCACCAGGGUCACGUGUAGCAGGCAGGUCUCCAUUCUGACCCGCGUCAGCCCCGGCGCAUGCCGUUCCUCCAGCUCCCAGGCGGAAGUCUCCCCGGUCUGA